GUUUUGUGAUUUCUCAGAUAACAAGGGCUUCACAUUUCUGUGGAAUUCCCAUUUGCCAGGGAGCUGCUGCUGCUGCCGCCCUGAUUGAUAUAUGGCUGCAAUGGCACUUUUCCAUUUGACAUUCCCCCUCUCUCCCUCUCUCUCUUAAACAACAGCCCUAACUUUUGUGUGUUGCAAAUAUAAAAGGCAAGCCAUGUGAUGGAGGGACAGAAGAACAAAGGCAUUUGGAAGCAACAGGACCUCUUUUAGCUCUCCGAAGAGUUCGAGGGAAGGACGGAGUGGUGCAUUUUCCAAAGUCAUCUGCCGGAGCGCUCAGAAUAACCUGAAACAACAGGCAACUUUUAUUUCCAGCUUCGCGUCUCACUCUUCGCGGGAGCGCUCCGAAUUCGCGCAUUAAUGUUUAUCCAAACUUCCGCGGGGCUUUCCGACGGAGCGGACAGCGCUGGUGGUGGCUCAGGACAGAUCUAACACGCCCUCUUGUAUUGGCUGGGAGCCGUGGGGGAAGCCCCUGGGCCGGGCUGUGCUGGGGGCUGUGCUCGGGGCUGCCCCGCGGAGCGGCUCUGCUGACACGGAGGAUGCUGCGCGACCCCGGCCCGCCCGCCCGAGCGGGGAGGGAGGCUCUCCUCCCUUCCCGGCACAUCAUUCCCCCGUGUGUCAGCGCCAGAGGCACCAGCACGACUGCUCUCUGCUUCUCCGGGACCGCAGAAGGGUUUGGUGAGCGCGGUGACCGAGUGCCAGCCUAGUGUCACUGCGGGGCUCGGGCACGGACACUGCCCCCGCUCCCUGCCGGGGUUCAGGUGCUGCUCUUUAAUUAGCUGGGAAGAGACUGACGCCGAGCAAGUGCUGCCUGACAAGCAAGCAAGCAAAGCCUGUCCAUGAGAUUAUUUGAUGGAUUAAAAUCUCAUCGGACUCCAACUUGAGAAGAAGAAUGACAGCUCAGACACUCAAACCAGACUUUUCACCGUCCUGGAAAGGAACUGGCUCCCAGAAUUCGGAGGGUUUUUGAUGCUCUACCUCCCUCUGCUGUUACCAGCGAGAAGUUCCUCGACAAUGGGAAAUCAUGUACUGGCGGCUUCGAUUUCCAUGCUGUCGCUGCUGGUGAUGAUGGGGGACACGGACAGUAAAUCGGACGGCGCCUUCCUGAUGGACUCGGACCCCAGCCGCUGCAUGAGGCACCACUACGUGGACUCCAUCAGCCACCCCCUCUACAAGUGCAGCUCCAAGAUGGUGCUGCUGGCGCGCUGCGAGGGCCGCUGCAGCCAGACGUCGCGCUCGGAGCCGCUGGUGUCGUUCAGCGCGGUGCUGAAGCAGCCCUUCCGCUCCUCGUGCCACUGCUGCCGCCCGCAGAGCUCCAAGCUGAAGGCCAUGAGGCUGCGCUGCUCCGGGGGCAUGCGGCUCACGGCCACCUACCGCUACAUCCUCUCCUGCCACUGCGAGGAGUGCAGCUCCUAGGGAGCGCUGCCCUGGGAAAGGCUCCGAGGGACAGCCCCGGGUCAGGCCGGUGCUCCCAGCACGGACAGGACAAAGCAGGCUGGAUGGAAUCUGAGAGCAGAAGCACAAAGUGUGCUGGAUGGUGCUGGUGCAGCGCUGGGGGCCGCGGUGAAGGCGAGAGCAUCAGGACUUGUUUCAAAGAAGCCUUUCUUUUUUGCUGAAAGGAUUUUUUUUUUGAGAGUUUCUUCUUUUUUGGACUCAGCUCUGACUACAGCGAGGUGCUUUUGCUUUAGGCCAUGGGCAGCAGGGAGGAAGGUCAGCACUGCGGUCUGAAAACUGACAUUUGGACAGAGGAUGGGCAUCAGUUCCCGCAGACAACCUCUUAACCCACCAAUUUAUUCUCAGUUUUCUACUUAUACUGGCCUUCAAAGCAAACUGUGCUGUUGGCAAGGGUCAUCUGUUACUGACCUAGUGGCCAAAUGCUGGAUAACUUUAACUGUGGUUUAAAUUACAAAUAAACCAUUGAAAAGUGAACUGGAUAUGAAAUGCCAUGCUUGGAAUACCCAGCCUAGCUGAAACAAUUAUUUGCACCAUGUGUCAUCAGAAUUCAGUGGCCGAGCAGCUCUUGGGAAGGGAAAGGUCAUGAGACUCACUAUUCCCUUCCAAAAGCCCAGAAAUGUGACACAUCACAUCUGUCACAAAAGCCAUUAUUCAAAAUCUGAAAACUAAUCAAAUAUUAAAAUGCCAUGUACUAAAUGGAGUAAUUUCUUAAUUUGAGUAGACCUGUUCAUGUACAGAACCAGAGCCACCAAAAUUAUGACUAAACCUAGAACUUAUUUUCAUCUAUAAUUCUUAGGCCAUUGAACAAAUACUGUUUUGCCUUUUAAAGACAGGCAAUCCCUAAAUCCAUCUCAAAACAGCAGGGGAUCCAAAGUUUGGGAAUGGUUUUUUGGUAUUUGCUGAGAAACUCUGCUCCUCCUCCACUAAUACAAGGUUUUAGGAAGGUUCAGUCACAAUCUAUUGUGACUUCAAGGGAAGAACAUAACUGUUCUUAUCUCAUAUUAAAAUUUCUAUGUUCUUAAAUGGCAGCAUAUGUAGUUGUGCUGUUCACAUAAACCAGGCUGAGCCAUUGUUUUGGUAGACGUCAUGAGGGUGUCGAGAGAAUCUUUGCUGUGUAAGGACUCAGGGUCAGUGGUCUCAGGGUUGCUGUUCCCUGAGAUUCUCCUCGGGGUUGCUGUUCCCUGAGGUAAUAAGGUUUUUCGUCUUCUCUUUGCCCUAAGUGUUUCACACUGGAGGCAGAGGCCACAAGCUGAGCCCACCAGUGCAUGUUUCCAAGGCUGUUUAUUCUUCAUUAUCUCAGUUCUUUCUCAGCUCUGCAAGGCAUCCCCAGCAGAGCAGGACACGCGGCUGGACUGGGCGGAUCAGAGAGCCCCGCACCUUAUGUACAGUACCCCUGACCCAACCACUGUCCAAGACGUAUUUUUUAUUUACAAAAUUUUACCAAUGCCUACUACCUAUGUUAACAUGUUGUUUCUACUCUAAACCAAUCCUUGAGAUCCAACUCAGCAGAAAAUGGGGGACGAGAGCAAGAACAAGGAGCACAGGA